AUGGCGGAGUCAAAGUCCGAAACGACCUUCUACGUCACAAUCCACCUCGACCCUGAGAAUGUGGGGAAAUGGUUUGAGAUAGCCAAGCCGGUAUUUGAGAAAAUCAAAGCAGAGCCUCAAUUGGUCUUUUUCGAGUUGUACAGAUCGCCGAAUGACCCUGGAGCUAUCUCGUGGCUCGAGAAGUGGUCCGAGUCUCGCGAAUGGCUCUUUGAGAUUCAAUUGAAGAAGGACUACUACACGGACUAUUUUGCAGCAACAGAGCCUCUCUUCGUCAAGCCACGCGAAAUAAAGUUUCUGACCCCAGUUGGGUCGCCUUUCUUUCACUCGAAGAGUUGA